AUGUUGACGAUUAUAACCAAUAAUAGACACAUUGUUAAGAAAUAUGAUAAAUUUUUUAAGGUUAAUUCAGAUAGAGCUAUCAUGAAUACAAAAUAUAAGAUCUCAAAAUAUUUGACAAGCGUAUUUUGUGGGUUACCUAUUAAGUUAGAAACUAGAAAUAUGUAUUAUUCAAGAAUUCAUUUAAUUGUGAUGAGUGAAUAUGGUAUUUGGGAUUUUAUAUCCCAUGCUCUUAUUGUAGUAAUGUCUGUGCUUAUAUUAUGUCAAGAAAUAGAAAAGUAUGCCAAACUUGUUGUUCAAAGUUCAAGUCACGAAAAGAACAAAAAAAAUAUAAAAAAAAGAUUUUUUAAUAGUUUAAAAAAUAACAAGAACAAAUGGCAGGAUACUAGUAAUGGUUUUGAUUCAAAAAUAUAUAUUUCUAAACAUCGAUUAAAACAAAUUUUUGUUAAACAUUCUUUUAACAAGGAAUAUUUUUUUGAAUUAAGAAGAAAAAAGGAGGCAUUAUUUGACCUUGAAGAUAAUAUUGUGACAGAACAAUCAAUUAGUUCUAGUGAGGGUGUUACUAUUGAUAAAGUAACAGAGGACUUGAAGGUUCUAGAAAUUAGAGAACAAAUUAACCUUGCUCCUUGA